CUUACAUUUAAUUAUAAUACACAUAUAUACACAUACAAACACAUACACACAUAUAUACAUAUACAUAUAUAUAUAUAUAUAAUUGUAUUUAAACAUCGUUUGAACAAUUUUAACGCAUCAAUCAAAAUAACCAUGAGCUUUUAACGGAUAUAAUCGUUAUUUGUUGUCGUCAUCAACGUCGUCAUCGUCGUCAUCGUCGUCAUUAUUAUUAUUAUUAUUAUUAUUAUUAUUAUUAUUAUCAUUGUUGUCAUCGUUGUCGUCGUAUACUUUUGACGAAUAAUAGCAGCGGCACCAUCACGUUCCAGUUUUGUUUGUCGUUGUUUUAGAUCACGAUCGAAGUAGCGCCCUCGUCUUCGCUAAAAGACGCGGAUCCAAGCCAAGGUCGUCUUUCUUCCUCUCGGGCACGACUCUUCCCUCACCUUUUCCUCACCCACAUCCCUACCCACAUUCAGAUCUGUAUUUAUAUAUAUAUACAUAUAUAUAUAUAUAUUUGUAUAUCUGUGUAUAUAUAUAUAUAUAUAUAUAUAUAUAUAUAUAUAUUACCGACUAAUAUAUCUCCCUCUCUUUCUCUUUCUUUUUCUCUUUCUUUCUCUCUCUUUCUCUUUCUCUCUCUUUCUUUCUCUUCUUAUCUUUCCUUUUCUAUCUCCCAUUUUCACUCUCCCUCUCUUUCGCUUCGGUAUUCUCAGAAUUUUUCUGCAGUUUAACCAAGCCCGCCAAUUAUCGAACGUCCACGUGUCUCUUCCCCUUAUCCUUAAUUCCAUUCUAUUUCCUUCUACUAGUUAAAGUCAUCCACCCGUUCGAUUCAACCCACCCCCCAUAUUCUAUCCCUACACGUUCUAUCUCGCCAUCCCUCUAUCCUUCCCUUUUAAUCUCCGUCAACGUCGGGGGGAGGAAAAAGAAAAAAGAGAAAACAGAUAAAAAAGAGAAAAAAAAACGGAGUGAAAAAAAAGGAAGAAAAUAAAAAAAAAAAAAGGAAACGAAGAGAAAAGCAACGAGAGAAAAAGCGAUUGUUCCCUGAUCGGUGUUUACACCAGCGAAAAAAUAGACGAAAUUCAAGCGGCAAGAUCGUCGACCCCUUUCGACCCCCCCCGCUCGCCCACCGAUUUCCCGUUCUCUCCACCCUUGUCGUUCCGAUCCUAACGUUCAUCUACCACCCAUCGCCGGCCCCCUCCCACUCCCCCAUCUCACGUUCUUCGUGUUUGUGUGAGAGUUUCAAAACGAGAGAAGACCGUGAAAACGUGCCGUUAAAUAUAUACUCUGUCUCUAUCUCUCUAUCUCCUUCUCUCGUUCUAUCUUUUUCUACGACUCACGAACGCGAGUGCAACGAGAGGAUUGUGUGUAAUGAUAGUCGAAGGUACUACGCGGAAGCGUUGAAAGAAAAGAGAGGAGGACUCUCCGGUCUGUUAAGUGAUUGCAAGGGAAUGUUACUGCUACAACCAACUUGAAAAGUUUUGGUAUACCACCGCAUUGCACGUUUGUUCAAUGUCCAUUAUGUCCCUUGGACUAAACUUUUACGGUACCAACGUACGAAGGGAGACAGCCGAGACACCGGAGACGUUUAUGAUGAGGAUAGUCUUCUUGACUUUAGGAUAUUUCCUUCUUCUUACACGGGAAGUUAAAGGAACAACCGAGGCAUGGCUUGAAAGUGAGAAAUAUGCGGAAGUUGGAACGGAAGUGCUACUGCCAUGCAUCCUAAAACCACCACAGUGCGGGGCACUUCAAAGCAUCGACUGGUAUCGCGCGGGUACGCGCAUUUUCGCUUUCAGCGAAGGCACGGGGUUAAUGCGGAGCAACGACGGCGUAGCCAGCAGUGACGACAGAUUGGACAUCGAAUAUAUGCUCAAUUCUACUACCGCUUAUCUGAAAAUGAUCGAUGUUAAACUUAAGGACGAAGGACUUUACAGAUGCGAAACUGUAUACUCAGCUGGAAAUUUGGAUUGCAAUAAUAUUCAACACGUAACACUUAAUGUUACGAUAAAACCCGUUAACGUACAUGUCAUCGACGAGAACACAAAGAACAUUUUAAGUCCGGAUGCAACAUUUGGACCGAUAGACGAAGGUUCAACUAUUUCACUGACUUGCCAGAGUGGCGAGGGUAGACCGGUUCCCACGGUGCAGUGGUUUAAGGGUGAUCAACAGCUCGAAGCCGUAGCAUCAUCAACUAUUGACGCCAAUGGCAUAGGCACCGGUAGUAGCUCAUUGAAGAUGCAAGUGACUCGUGAGGAGCUCGGCGAUAUUUUCACGUGCAAGGUCAACAGCGUUGCACUUCUAGAACCCAUCACUGACGACAUUAAACUCGAUAUUCACGUGCGCCCAUUAAAAAUGGAUUUGAGCGGAGUGGUCGGUCACGCUGUGCAAGGAACAAAGAUAUUAUUACAAUGUACCGUAAGUUCAGCUAGACCAGCUGCCAAUGUGACUUGGUACAAUGGAUCGGAACCAUUGACUAUCAGUAACGAAAAAUACGAACUAUUUGAGACGAAAAUAUUUGAAAAUAACGACAGUACGUCAAAAACUAUAAGCUAUCUUGCAUUUACCGCAUCGGCAUACGAAAAUGGGAAAACGUUUAGCUGUAUCGCUGAAAAUCCUGUUAUACGUACCAAACGUCUAAAACCAAUGAAGGAAGUAAUCACGAUCAAAGUAUUAUAUCCACCGAUAAUUAAUAUGAGACCGAUCAACAUAACCGUCAAUGAAACGGAUGAUUUUAUUAUUUAUUGCGAUUACGAGGCUAAUCCAAUCACAUUGACCAAAGUUACAUGGUUACAAGACGAUCUAGAGUUAACAUUGGACGAGGAACAUUACGAAGGUGGUAUCACGGUUAAUACCGCAUUAAUCGUAAAGAAUGCUACCGCUACCGAUAUGGGUUCCUAUAAAUGCAUUUUAGAGAAUAGCGUUGGCUCUACGAGCUCGAAGGAGAACGUAAAUGUGUCCGUUUUAUAUAAACCUGUGGUCGAAGUGAUAUCGGAUCCAGGGACCCCGGUGAACGAGGAAGAACGUUUGAACGUGUCGCUGAGUUGCACAGUACUAUCUGGAAAUCCGGAGAUCCUAACGGCUGUACGUUGGUACUUGGAUGGUGACCUUUUAAAAGAACUUCCAGAUUGUACGAUGAACUAUACGAUAACGUCAACGUUAACCGAAGAAUCCUCGAGUAUUUGCGACAUUGACCCUAGCAAACUGUUAUUGGAAGCUGUUGGACGUUCCUUUCAUGGGGAUUAUUCUUGCGAGGGUAGAAACGAAGCUGGCUGGGGUCCCAUGUCUCCGAGUACAUCGGUCACGAUUUAUUAUAAACCUGGUCCAGCUACAAUAUCUUACGAACCGAAAGAAGUUGUGAAAGGACAACGACUAACUAUUGCCUGUUCGGUCCUUGAUCCUGGGCGACCAAUAAUAAAUAGUUUCAAAUGGUUUCGCGAUUUGUACAGGCUAACCGAUCAAACCAAUUCUUUACUCGAUAUCGAAUCGGCCGACGUUAAGGUUGCCGCUAAUUUUACGUGCAUGGCUUCGAACGAUGCAGGUGAUGGAUAUCCUGCUACAACGUCGAUUGAUGUAUCAGUGGCACCUACGUUCAUUCAAGCUCUAGAGAAUUAUCAAGGAUUCGUUUACAAUUCGAUAAACGUUAGCCUUGUUUGUUGGAUCGAGUGCGUUCCAGAUUGUAAUGUAUCUUGGUAUAGAAACGAUCAAUUGAUCGAUUUCGAUACGACCGAUCGUUAUUAUCUAACGAACAGUUAUAUGCCGUUGGAUUAUGAGAGGAAUUAUUUUGCAAGUAUACAAUCUAAUUUAACAUGGAACUUGACUGCAUUGGCAAAUGGCCGUCUCGAUCAUACCGACGAUGACGCCAAAUUCACUUGUAAAAGCAGUGACAAUGGUAUUGGAAAACCCAUAGAAAGUACCACGCAAUUUCACGUAGAAUUCCCACCGGAGAACAUGACGAUCUCGAAGAAGAUAAUAAACGUGACGGUGGACACUAUACCGGAAACUGUCAGUUGCGACGCAAAGGCUUAUCCAAACGCGACCUUCAGAUGGUUCCGCGAGGGUUCGAACGAUACUAUAAUAAAAGGACAAAUACUCGAUUUAAAUACACCUAUACCAAGGCGUAGCAAUGGGACUUAUUAUUGCGAGGCAUCGAAUCAUCAUGGGAAACAAAAUAUUUCGCUUGUGGUGAACGUGCAAUUUAAGCCUGACUGUCACAUACAGCGGGAACGAUUGAAGGAUCAGGAUUAUAUCAGCUGUUCGGCAAUUGGAAAUCCAGAAGAAAUCAAUUUUAUCUGGUCCGUAGAAAAUGACAACGAAACGAUAGAGCCAGAUUUCAAGAUAGAGGACGGGAUAAGCUAUGUACUUUUAGAUACUUCAAUCACGAAAUUUCGAACGUACGUGUGCAUUGCCAACAAUUCAAUCGGCCAAUCUACCGCAUGCGAGUUGGAUAUAACCGGAGAUGUACCCUGGUGGUAUCGUAUGGAUGGUAACCUGUUACUGAUUGCAAUAAUCGUAUCGAUUAUUAUAAUACUUGCGAUAAUUAUCGUCUGUGUAGUUAUAUUAAUAAUUUGCAGACGUAAAAGGAAGCAAAUCAAAUACUCUAAUGAAAAUGGUAACAAUAAUCAGGCAAAUAAUAUGACGGAAACAAUGGCGGACGGUACAACAAAAACGUUUUACGAAAAUUUACCGUUUCAUGGUAUACAAGCGCCGCCUAAUAAGGCCUUCAGUCCGGGAUUUUCUGAUUUGGAUUAUGCCGAUGUAGAUUAUCGUUCAUACGGGCCUAUCAAUUAUAAAGCUGCCAGUAUCGCGUUGUUUCAAAAGCAACAGGCUAUACAGAGACAACAACAACAAAAUCAACAAGAAGAAAGAAGACCACAAAUGUAUGGUAUAUCGGAUGAUAACGAGGAACUACUUUAAUAAUCGUUUAUAUACGGCGAUCAUCGUUUAAUAACAAACGAACAAACAAAUGAACAAAAAAAAAAAAAAAAAAAAAAAAGAUUACGCGAGACCAAAGUUAAUCCAAGACUUAUCAUUGAAUCUAAUUAACGAAGAUUAUAUAAGAACGUAUUUAUUUUUUUCUAUGCCCCCUAUGGAAACGAAGAAGAAGAAGAAGAAGAAGAAAAA